AUGGAGAAACCAAUACAAGCGAGAACUUUGAACAAGUCACCAUGCUGGAUAUGUUUAGUGCCGCCGUGGGGAUUCACAGACAGAGAAGAAGAAAAGUUGUACUCGGCAUACACACAGCGACAGCGGCAAAGAGCCGUGCCUCGGCUGUUGGCAACCGGCGCACUGUUGCAGGCGUUUGCAGUUGUUGUGCCUGGAGAGCGAGACCUCUCGUUCGCUUACGCUUCAGUCGCAAUAGCACUGGUAGCGAAUUUGAUCCUGGCAUCCGUGUACCUGUGCGUUCGGCCCGCGCGCACUCUCCUUAACCAUAUAGCGUGGUUGGUGCUCUGGGUCCAACUGUUGGUGAGUGCGUCUCGGCGACUGGGGGAUUCGUACAACGAGCUAUUAGGGUGGGCUGUGGUGCUUCAAUAUUUUACCCUCGCUACGCUCCCGUUACAUCACGUGCUGCUCAUCCUAUACAGCACAAUAUCGUUUACUGGAUAUCUUCUGGUGCAAUACUAUAACGCUUCUACAUCUGAGAGCAGACUGGCUGACGACUUUUAUUUUCAACAAAUUGCAAAUGGCGCUUUGUUGCUCGGUGCAACGAUGUUGGGUGGUACUGCAUAUGCAAUAAGUGAAAAGCAACAGCGUAGUUCCUUUCAAGAAACGAAACGAAGCUUGCGCGACAAACUGACGAUUGAACAACAGAGUAAAGAACAGGAGAGACUCCUGCUGUCGGUGCUACCAGAACAUGUUGCCGUUCAGAUGCGGAAAGAACUGGGACUGAUAGACACACAGUUCAAAAAAAUUUACAUGUCUCGUCAUGAAAACGUCAGUAUUUUGUAUGCCGACAUCGUAGGCUUCACGGCUAUUUCUUCAACUUAUUCAGCGCAAGAUCUGGUCGCAAUAUUGAAUGAGUUGUUUGCUCGUUUUGAUCGACUUGCUGAGAAAUAUCAACAGCUUCGCAUCAAAAUUCUGGGGGACUGCUAUUAUUGUAUUAGUGGAGCGCCUGUUGAGCGUCCGGACCAUGCCGUGCUCUGUGUACACAUGGGACUGUCUAUGGUUAAAGCUAUCAAGUAUGUCCAGCAGACGACGAACUCCCCAGUGGACAUGCGCGUGGGUAUCCACACAGGUGCAGUUCUUGCAGGAGUGCUAGGUCAGAGACAGUGGCAAUUUGAUGUUUACUCUCGAGAUGUGGAACUUGCUAAUAAGAUGGAGAGCAGUGGAAUGGCGGGACGCGUACAUGUUUCUGAAGUAACUCUGAGUUUUCUCAACAACGAGUUCGAGGUGGAGCCCGCUCACGGAGAACGUCGAGAAGAAAUGCUUCGACAGGCUGGCAUCAAGACAUACUUCAUCGUCCGAGUUCUUAAACCAUUUCAAGGAGGCGAGGAGAAGAGUGCAGUGGAGGGCGAGGCCGCGGAGGGUGGCGACGCGGCCGACACGCUCUCCGACCUCCGAGACGAUGACGAGGACUCGGUACUGUCGCCACAAGACGAGAGCAAGGACAACGAAGAACAGAAAAUACUUAGCAUGUUGCAAGAAGAACUGGUGAAUAGAGACGACGACAAGGAACUAGCAGAUGGCACGACAUUGUGCCUGACGUUCAAAGCCUCGGGCGCGGAGGAUGUGUACGCGCGGCGUACGGACCCCUGCCCGCUGGCCAUCGCCGCGCCGCCGCUGAUGCUGCUGCCUGCCGUGGUCGCGCUCGCCAGCUUCGCGGUGCCCCCGACCUGGUCACUGCACGCCGUCUACCUCGCCCUCGUGCUAGAAACCGGCCUAAUCAAUGUGGUUUAUUACACGUGCUACCGAUACUCCCAGUAUAAGAAAAAGACAGUGAGUCCCUAUUGGAAGCUGACUUGCGGAACGUUCAACAUCGCGAUGUUCGUGGCCGCGAACAUUGCGCCAUUGAUAAUUUGCGGCAAUUUCGAGACGAUGCUUCUUGAGGACGGGCUGCGAGACGAUGCGCCAGCGCACAGCGGCGCAAGGCGCUGCAUACAUCCUUCUUAUUACUACCAUGUGGGCGCGGGCGCGGCGUGCGGCGCGCUGUGGGUGUCGCCGCUGGGUGUGUGCGCGCGCAGCGUGCUCCUGGCGCUGGUGGCGGCCGUGCACGCGGUGCCCGCGCUGCUGCACCCCGCACUGCUGCUCUCGCGACCCAGCCUCGACCGCGACCCCUACCGCGUCCGCUUCAACGCUACCACUGAUUAUGAUGAAGAUCUGCUCGCUAUUCUGGCUCGCAUCCAUGGUGGACGUAACAUAAUAAUGCUGUUUUUCAUAGUGGUGGCGUUGCUUAUUUUCAACAGAUAUGUGGAGUCUCUGGAGCGCGCACGCCACUCGCGCGGGGAGCGCAUGCGGGCGCAGGCGGAGCAGGCGGGAGACCUGCGGCGCCGCAACCAGGCGCUCAUCCACAACGUGCUGCCGCCGCACGUGGCACGCCACUUCAUGGGCGCGCGCCACCACCACCGCGACCUCUACAGCCAGAGCUACGCCGAGGUCGGCGUGCUCUUCGCUUCCAUGCCCAACUUUUCAGAGUUCUACUCGGAAGAAACAGUUAAUAACCAAGGCCUAGAAUGUUUACGGUUUCUCAACGAAGUUAUAUCAGACUUCGAUUUGUUAUUGGAAGAUUCAAAAUUCAGUAAAGACAUAAUCAAAAUAAAAACGAUCAGCUCUACGUACAUGGCUGCAUCAGGCCUAAACCCAACACGACAAAUGCAGCCGUCAGACGGCGUAUUGGUUCGCUGGGCGCACCUGGCCUGUUUGGUCGAAUUUGCGCUGGAACUCCAGCGUGUUCUAGCUGCGAUCAACGAACAGUCCUUCAACCAUUUCGUGCUGCGCAUGGGCGUCAACCACGGACCCAUCACCGCCGGCGUCAUCGGCGCGCGCAAGCCGCACUACGAUAUAUGGGGAAACACCGUCAACGUUGCUUCGCGAAUGGAAAGUACAGGCAAAGCGGGAUGUAUUCAGGUUACGGAAGAGACUUGCGAGAUUCUGCAGAGUUUCGGCUAUUACUUCGAACAGCGCGGGCUGGUUGCGGUCAAGGGCAAGGGCCAGCUCAUGACCUACUACCUGCAGGGCAAGCGUGACACGCCCACCGGCCCGACGGACAAACACACUGUGGAGCCGCCGGUGCCUGAGCCCGACGCGAGAGACGCACUGUUGUCCAAUGGUGCUGCCGAGGGCAGUGACCCGCCGCGCUCCGGCACCGGUGCUGAGCACCCUCUACUGCCAGCAUAA